CUGCUCCGGCAGCCUAUUCACCUUCUCCAUCUCGUAUCGCGCGAAUCCGAAGAACGAUCCAAUCCCAUGGCGCCGCCUCCUGGACCUUACUCCGGCACCAGCACUCUCGCUCUGGUUGCUCGGGCGUCUGCUUUCUCCUUUGGGCUCGUUUACGGGAGCAUCAAACUCAAAUACCUCAAGGCAAAGGCAAACUCUCAAAAGAAAGCUGAAGCUAAGGCUCACCACUAGAGCUGAAGGAUUUUGUUUCCUGUUGCCAUGGGUGAAUGCUUUGAUUACUGUAGCUUUCUGGACCAUGUUGUGCUUAUCUGAAAAUUUUUUGCAAGUUAUUAGCUUAGUCCUUUGAGCAUUGCUUUGUCAUUUAAACAGAGGUAUUCUGGUUGUUUAGUUUUUGUUGGGUAGAGAAACAAUGGGGCAAGUUGAUGAUGGAUGCUUCCAAAAUAAUAAUGUUACUUUUUGACUUCUAAAAUCUAUUAUGACUUCUAUAUUGGUAAAUGUUUGUUAGCUUAAACAGGCAAUUUGCU